AUGGAUACUGAGACAUUUAUCGCUGAGGUAUUGGCCAGGCCAGCUAUAUGGAAGUUGAGCGACCCGCAACACAAGUAUAAACACAUAGUGAAGAGAUUGUGGAAUGAAAUAAAAAAGAAGUUUCCAAAUAGCGAAGUUGGCGAUCUUAAAAAGAAAUGGAAGAACCUCAGGGACAUUUACAGGAAGGAGUUAAAAAAAAUACCUAAGUCACGGUCGGGCGAUCCGUCCUUAGAUUAUGAACCAUCGUGGAAGUAUUUUUCGAUGUUAGGUUUUUUGAAAGACGAGUGUAUGCCUCUGAUAGCUGAAUCAAACAUGGACGAAGGUGACAGUGAGGUAGCUGAGAACGGAAAUAAUGAUAUCACAAUUGAGGUUAUAAAUCCACUCAGAUCACCAUCUCCCACACGUACAUCUUCACCGAUAGAGCAGUCUCCAUCUCUUUCUCAAAGUUCAAGAAACAAGCGGCAACAACAGGACCUACAAGACAUUCGAACACAGUAUUUGGAGGUCAGAAAGAAAUUAAAACUGUUAGAAAACGAUAUAGCUAAAACUCUAUCAGUUGACAUUGAGAAAAAGUCGGAUGACUACUGUUUCCUAAUGAGUAUUUUGCCGGAAAUGGAAAAGCUGCCGACGUCGAGUUUUCGAGUUCUGAGAGGGAAUAGUGUUCGAAGAACCGAUUACCAAGUGCCUGACGAAAAGGAAUGUGCCUUUAGUGACAGUGUUGCAAGUGUUAAUUUAUUUUUAAUAUAA